AACGCGACCUUGCUCGAGGACGAACGACUUGCGAGUUUGACAAACAAUAACGGGAUUUAUUCGAAUGUUCGCGUGCUGAAAGUGUAUGUGGAUGUGAUAGAUUUAAUACAGUGUAAUGGAAAUUGCGAUACUGGAUUUUUAAACUAUUAAAAGAGCAUUCGAAAUCUAACUCAAAACAUUGUUGUAUAAUAAGUGAAAAAUAAUACAAAAGAUGAAGAAUAAACAAUAUUUAAAACCAAAGAACUUAAUGUAUAUAAUUCAAAAUAACAAUAAAAUGCUGGCUUUCAUUCCAAAGAAUGUAUAGAUCGUUCCAGAAUGGAAUGGAACAUCAUUGACGUUGGACGCUAAUUAAACAAAAUGGCGUCAGUGUAUCAAUACUUGGUGUUGCUAUCAGCUCUCAUUUGGAUAUUGGGCGCGAACGGUGUUAGAAAAAAGCGUGAACCAUGGACCAAUGGAAGCUGGUUUAACAUGGGCCUGCUGGAAUUCGAGAAAUGGUCGAACCAGCCAAACCUUUUCUCAGAGAAGUCUCGUGUAUGCGCCAGAAUCCACGGUCUGACACCCGGCCAGCGGCGCAUAUGCCGGCGCCAUAAAGACCACAUGCCGGCUGUCAGCGCUGGUGUUCGACAGGGCAUCACUGAAUGUCAGUAUCAGUUUAAAACUCGGAGGUGGAAUUGUACUGUGACGGGGGACGAGACUGUCUUCGGCCCUCUGACGUUGAUUGCAUCCAGAGAAACGGCUUUCGCCCACGCAAUCACAUCAGCUGGCGUGUCGCUAGCCGUGUCGAGAGCUUGCCGCGACGGCCGCCUGGCCUCCUGUGGAUGUAGUCGCGCGGCGAGACCGAGCCAUUUGCACACGGACUGGGUGUGGGGCGGUUGUGGGGACGAUCUGGAGUAUGGGUAUAAGUUUACAGAAGGCUUCGUAGAUGUUCGCGAGCGUGAGCGAAAAGUGAAACGCGGGAGCCGCGAACAGGGGCGCCAGCUUAUGAACAGACAUAACAACGAGGCUGGUAGACGGGCUGUUAUAAAGAAGUCGAGGGUUACAUGCAAGUGCCAUGGCGUCUCGGGAUCAUGCAGCCUCAUCACGUGCUGGCAACAACUCGCUACUUUCCGAGAGAUCGGUGACUAUUUACGAGAUAAAUACGAAGGAGCGACGGAGGUGAAGGUGUCGCGCCGCGGCAAGUUGCGCCUCACCAAUCCGAACUACAGCCUGCCGACCGCGCAGGAUCUCGUCUAUUUAGAAGAUUCGCCUAAUUACUGUGUGAAGAACGACACAUUGGGGUCUCCCGGAACCACGGGUCGCGAAUGUAACAGGACAUCAGCGGGCAUAGACGGUUGUUCGUUGCUAUGCUGUGGCCGCGGUUACAACACGAAGCGAAUGGUUGUUAAGGAGCGGUGCGGUUGCAAGUUCCAUUGGUGUUGCCAUGUCCAGUGUAACACCUGUGUGAAGACUGUUGAAGUGUAUACUUGUAAAUAAAGAUUUAAAAACGAUGGAUAGUAACAUCAUAGUAUCCAAGUCUGCCCUUGAAACAUAAUAUCGUUAUAAUUUUAACCAAUAGAUUUUCUCAUUUGACAAAAAAUUUAGGGAAAUUAGGGGCUUUAGGCAUGGGUAAUUUUUUUGCCACCUUCACAAUUUCGGAUAUGUUCUGUUCAGUUUAUUUGUCAGUUAUAGUGAUGUAGUAAUGAUUUUCAUCGGAGUGUUAAAAAGGUUUUAGAAGUGACGUUAUCAGCAUAUCAUCAAUAUAGACCCUAAAAUUCUAUUUAAAUCGCUGAAACCUUGUUUCCUUUUCCACCAUUCUUUUAUUCCCCUCGGCAAUCCUUUCCUUAUCUUUUACCCCUUUAAAGUGGGCAGCGCGUUUGCUGAGACCUGCCUUUGCAAAUAUUCAUUCACGGUGGUGAUCAGUUAACAUUAGGCUAACUACCAGCUCAGCUGCCCGUUCUAAAUUAUAAUGAUAAAUGAUGAUGAUGUUUUUUUGUAUGUGAUAGUUGGCUAAAGAGCUGGUGGGUCGAGUAAUAUUAAGCGACCACCUGCCAAGACCUCUCAUGAACAUUUUUAUACAUAAAUAAUUCUGAAAUAAACAGAAUACGCUUGCUAUUGAGGCUUAUAAUAUAAUUAUGUUUAUUGAUUAUGAACCAUACUAUAGAAAUGAAAUACUAUGGUACUAUAAAAAACAUAAUAUUUAACUUGGCCGCGUAAGUGCUUCUGAAGUAAUUAUUUUAUUACUCUCUGUAGAAGCGACCGACACGACAAAAAUCGUGAGAUGAAUUGUUUCUACAAUGCGAUUGGUGUUAUCCUAUCAUUAUAACUCGUAUUAGUCUUAUGUACUUAAUAAUCAGUAUUUUAAUAAAUUAGUUUUAGACAAUGUAAGUUUAUUUAUUAUGGGACUUGAUGAUUGUAGGAAUCAUUUUUCGCAAUACCUACAUACUUUAUUAGGAGGAAUAUACUUGUAUGUAAUGAAAUAUCUCCUAGAUUGUUUCCUAAUGUCCAUAAAUAAAAAUUUUCUGUAAUG